CAGAUCAGGAAAACCAGAGCAGGCCAGAAGACAACUAUCCAGGAAAGCUUCUGCCCGACGAGAAGGUAUCUGCAAAGACUGCUUCAGACUCCCAGCUGCUCCCACACUCCCACCAUGGAAAUCCCUCCAAUCUCAGAGAAAGCCACCACCUUCUCUCUCCUAGCCUUGCCGGUCUCUUAUGGCCUGACCCUCAUCUCUACCUCACAGGCCCGGGGUCAGGUGGAGGAGAAGGAUGAUGAUGAUGGCCUUGGAGAGGGAUCAGGGUCUCCACCCCCACGCCCUGGCCCCGUGAUUAUCGCCCUAGUGAACAGCCUUGUCCUGCUGGUCCUGUUUUGGGCUGCCUAUCAAGUGGCCAGAGGAGAGCUCUCCCAUGACCCUCUUUUUGGUGUGUUCACAGUCUUUGCCUUCACCUCUGUCAUCAACCUGCUCAUCUCGCUGGAGGAGGAUGGCUACAUCAGUGGCUUCAUGGAGUUCUACGUGAAGGGGGAGCCGUUCCUGCACACAGCCUAUGGCCUCUUCAUCUGUUACUGGGAUGGCAUAGUUCACUACCUGCUUUACCUCCUCAUGACUGGAGCUAUCGUGCACAGGAAGAGUUAUAGGAACCUGGGACUCUAUUGGCUGGGCUCCCUGGCCAUGAGCAUCUUGGUCUUUUUACCGGGAAACUUAUUAGGCAAGUAUGGCUCUGAAAUCCACCCCACCUUCCUGCUCAACAUCCCCUACAUCCUCAUCCCUUGCUGGGCUGGAAUGAGGAUCUUCAGCCAGCCCCGGGCUCUGCCCUGCUGUUUCCCAGAGAGGGUUGUGGAGGAGCAGAAGAAGGGAUUGCACCAGCGGCCCCUCGACCUGGCCUUGGUUCUGUAUCUGCUGCUGGCCAUGGCCUUCACCCUCUUCCGGGGCCUGGUGGCCCUGGACUGCCCAGCAGACUCCUGUUUCUUCUACAUCUACCAGUAUGAGCCGUAUCUGCGAGAUCCAGUUGCUUAUCCCAAAGUCCAGAUGUUGGUGUACAUGUACUACGCCUUGCCCUUCUUCUGCCUGGCUGUCUACGGCCUCUUCCGACCAGGUUGUAGCUGGCUGCCCGACUGGGCCUUGGUGUUCGCUGGAGCCAUUGGCCAGGCCCAGUUCUCCCACAUCGGUUCUUCGCUCCACCACCGCACCUCCUACACGUACCGCACCCCAGAAGACGCCCGGACCAGCUUCUUCUUCUCAAACCUCCUCUACGUCCUGGGCCCCCACAUUCUUGCCUUCCGCUGUCUCCGGAGACCCAACUUCUUCUUAAAUCCUGGACCCCACCACCAGGAGGGAAAAGACAAGAAGCGGCAGUGAAGAGGGGCGGUGGGAAAGGAGCCCCAUCUCCACCCAGGACCUUGUUUGGGCCAGGUAGUAAGGUCCCAGAGUCCCCCUGCAUCCCAGUGGAGAGAUGGUACUGUCCAGUGAAGCCAGACAGAGUCUAGGCUGGGGUUUUGAUCAAUCAAUCAGUGACUGAUGGGUUAAGGACUCUGCCUGGAGGUGGUUCAGUUCCCAUAGAUCAGAUGGCAGGGCCUCCUGCCAGUGCUGGUGGUUCUGCCCCGUUUCCUCCUGAGGGAGCUUCUCCCCAACCCCAUCCUUUCUGACCUCCCUCCCCCCAAGAACUGUUCCCCAAGUUCUCUUGAGCCUCCCAAUGGGGAGGCCAGGAAAGGGACCAGCAGUCUAAAGCUGCCCCAGAGUCCCCUUGUCUGAUAGAUGAUCUUGUUCACCCAAAACAAGGACAGACUUGGGUGAUGGAGGGAGGGAGAGGAGGAGGCAAAUGAACACGGGAGACCCUACCGUAACAACUUAUUUGUUUACAAAAUAAAAUCA